CAUUUUAUUUCUCUGAAUAUCAUUCAGGAUUGCAGAUUUUGUUAAGAAAACUUUUGAAAUAACAAAAUCGUCUCACGUGAACGGAUCGAAAGUUUUGUGCUUUCUCUAUGGGCGCCAUGUUUGAAAACGUAUCAGUUGAGUGCAGAUGACCAUCAUCCAUUGACGCUAGACCUGAGUAACAUGGAUGUUGAAUCCAGUUUUAACAUCGAUAUUGAAUCCAGUUUUUUUAUUAAUGAAGACAGCGGCAGUGAUAUGGAGAUAAUGGAUGUCCAAUAUUCACCUAAAUCUUUCGAAAGUACAGCUCAAGUUGGUGUUUUGAUCAGUGGUGACUGUCGACUAGUAGCUCUCGAUCUUUUGGGGAACAUCAGUGUGAAUUUUCAUGAGAUGUAUUGCAAAUCGCCCCUUUUAAAAGGCAUGGAUUUUGAGCAAUUAUCAACAAAUAUGAAGUUGCAUUUUACGCUAUUGCCUGAAGAACUUCAGUGUUUUAUCUCAUUAUUUAUCAUCCCCGACGAGAGUCUGUUGACAACAACCCAUUGGAUUCCCAUAUCCACCCUUAACGAGCGAUGCAGCGACUAUCUUCUUCAGACUAAGGAAUUCCAUGGUGUGAAUACCUCAUCAGCUUCAGACAUUUUCCUGAAGAUAGGCAAAGGAGAGUACACAGUUAGCUUCCCUUCAAAGGAAGAAAUGGAAUGUGAUCUAAAACAGUUAUUCAGUAUGGAAAGGUGUGGUGAUUAUGAUCUAAAAAACUUGACUGCAUUACUGGUUGACACAGAAAACUGUAACAGCAUAUCAGGCCAAAAAUCAGAGCAAAAUUUGCUCAGUGUGUUGACAGAAACUGGCACCAUGAUAGAGAAUAAGAACUGUGUGUCACACUCUGAAAAGACACCAACUAAAAAUGAUGAGACUGUUGAUGACAACCGCAUUAUUCUCCCAGCUUGUGAGGAUGACCCCAAAAAGCGAACGCUGUCCAGAAGUAAUACAGUUAAACAAUCUAAUUUUAGCAAGGGAUUUCUCUUUAAAAGUGCUAUGCUUCCAAAAAUUCCAUGUUAUGAAUUUGCAGAUUUUAGCUUGGAGUUUGAUGAUUUAUUAGCUUCUUUUAAUAGUUAUGAAGCAUUUAACAUCAGAAAUGAUGGUCUCUGCCAAGAGCUACCUAACGAACCUAACAUACCACAACACAGUGAAGAGCAAGAUGUAACAUCAGUAGUACCUCUGACAAGAAAUAACAUCAGUACACAAGCUGAUAAUGAAGGAAAUGCUGUCCAUGGUGAUCGUUCUGAGAAGAGGCAAGCUGCUGAUGCCUUAACUGAUUCGAAGCCUGCACAAGGCAGAAAAAAGAAAACUGCACAUCUGACAUCAUCAUCAGAGCUCAGCAACAGUUCUGUGUCAGUGCAAGCAAGAUCAACAGAGGACAAGAACUUAGAUGACCUAGUGGCAAGUGGAGAUUUAAAAGGGAAAAUGUUAGCAGAGAUAGGCUUAUUUAGACAGAAUCUGUCUAGAUCCUCUCAAUCUACAAACAGUAGCAAGCGGAAUGAAAAAGACAUAACAUCAUCAGCUGAUAGUAAAGGAAAUGCUGUUCAUGUUGAUCAUUCUGUAUCUGUAGUUGAUGUGAAUUAUGGUCACAAGAAGAGGCGAGCUGCUGAUGCCUUAACUGAUUCGAAGCAUGAAAAAGGCAGAAAAAAGAAAGCUGCUCGUCUGACAUCGUCAGAGCUCAGCAGCAGUUAUGUAUCAUUGCAAGCAAGAUCAACAGAGGACAAGAGCAUACAAGAUGACCGAGUGGCAAGUGGAGAUUUAAAAGAGGAAAUGCUAGCAGAGAUAGGCUUAUUUAGAAAGAAUCUGUCUGGAUCCUUUCAGUCUACAAACAGUAGCAAGCUGAAUAAAAAAGACUUAAAGUCAUCAGCUGACUGCUUCAUAAGCUUGAUGCAGAAAAAGUUGCCUGAAGCUUCAUGUGACACAUAUCAGUCCCAUAAGCCCACCAGCAAAAACAGAAACACAUUAGCCACAGAUCAGUCAGAGUAUAGCCACAUGCCUAAAAAAGAAAUAGCUCAGUCUAGAGAAACAAUACAUGAAGAAUCUAGCAAAGUUUAUGUCAGCAAACAAGAUCACAAAGAUGCUUUAAAGGAACACAGUUACAAGAAGACAGCACUCAGACAUACAAAGAUCACUUCUGGGAAACCAGUGAAAAACACACUUGUGACAAAAGAGCUGUCAUCAAAAGAAUCAGAUCAAAAGAUACAGAAUCGUACCAUACUCAAGAGGAUCUCACCUAAUUCUUGGAAGGUUGUGACACCCAAUUCAAAAAAAGACAAUGUGGGUCAUGCUUUCUAGAUGUGCUGAAGAGGACUGGUCUGACAUGGAACCAUCCUCGCUGCAAGAAACUUGUGAACAAAAUGGCACCACUUUUGGUAGCAGCUGUCCAGUGGGAAAAUUCCCAAACACCAAAAUGUAAUAACUCUUGACAAAUUUUAUGUUUACCAAGUUUUGUUAGUAGCCUGAUGUCUUUCUUCUUUAGAGCACCUUUUCCAGCAUUUAGAUUCAGGGUAUUUUUUUGUGCAAUCAGGUGUGCAGGUGUGCCUUCUUAUCUUGAGCUGCAUAAGCAUUUUUUGUCAACAUUAGGGUUGUGAUAAAUGUGAGAGAUUUGCGAUGCUUAGAUUACUGCAUGUAGAAGACCGAACCCAUUGAUCUUUUUCUGCAGUCUCUAAUCUUUUCUGGAAGAUCAUUCCCUUUUAAGUCGAUUUCCACUUACUGGUCAUUUUAAAGGUUGAAACUGCAACCUUUUGCUUUUUAAUCUGAAACCUUUGUUAAAUUGUGUCCUAGUCACAUGGCUAUGAAACCUCUCAUUGAGCAUUUAUAUCUUCUUUUAAACUCCAGACCUUGUAAAUUGUAAAUUUUCAUCGGUUGUCAUGCAAUAUUUUUUAUAUGUAUGAAAAGAAGAAAUAAAUGCUCAUGCAACAAGCCUUAGAUAUUAAAAAUGAUUUGGUUUCUAUACAUUCAUGUAAAUCUUAUAGAGAAGUGGGCAACUUUGAUAUUUACUUUUUGAAGACAGUUCUUUCUGGUUCAUAUUUUUUAAAAGAAGACCCUGUGAUAUGAGGCUGGAAUUUCGCUUGUAAAUUCCAAAAUUGUUUGUUGUGAUGCUGCUUGCUGUGGUAAUCUUUUAUCAAGGUGUCUUGUAAAGUUCUGUAACAAGAAGCUCUGAUAUGCUUCAGACUGUUUUUAUGUGUAAAGCCAUGUCCUAAUUGGGUGACCCUUCCUUCUCUAAACUGGCUUCAGGAAGAUCUGUGACAUUUCUUCCAGACCUUGGUUCAAGUGUCGGUCACGAAAUAGAUUCAAGGUGGGAAAUGGUUUGUACAGUGUUCUAUGAGAAUCUGUUGUAUGCUAUCCUUAGUGCUGACUGGCUAAGUUUAUGUCAAAGAAAGUAGGUUAAACAGCAGUGGGCAGUGUUUCCUCGUUGUAGUGCAAAAAAGAUGACAGCACUAUUUCUUAAUAUGUAACAAAAAUGCAUGUUAGGAUAUAACAUUCUAAAGCAGCAUAAAUAUCAAACGUAUAACAUACAGAUAAUGAUAGUAUGAAAUACAUGAAGUAGUAGUAAAAACACAAUAAUGUAAGUCCUGAACAAUCACAUGAAAAACCCUAUGCUCUUGUUAGUAGAGGACAUACAACAUUGACACUUUUCUUCUUGACACUUCUGACUCUUCUAGGUUUCGCUAGUACAUUUUUUACACAUGUGGAAACAGCUAAAGAAUGAACCAUUGACUGCCUGAACCAUGUUCAGAAAAGAAAGGAUCACCCAGUGAAGCUGUCUUGGCAUUACGGGUUGAGCCUCUCAGAUGCAUUUUACACACGAUGUUUUAUGAGUGAAAUAUGAAACUUGAGUGCUUCUCAUAUGCUUUAUUUUGGAAUAUCGUUUUAUUUUGCUGCUAGUUUUUUAAAAAAGGGAAGAAUGUGAUCUGCAUUUUUAAAUGAUGCAUGCCCAUACAUACUCAUUAAAAAGUGGGCUGUUUAUGCAUUUGAUCAGUGGCUGAUUUUGAUGACUCAUUAGUGUCAAGUAAUAAUACUACUUAUUUGAUUAAGUGUAAUACUUUUUUUUUAAAGCUGUUAUCACAAUAGAUCAUUGUGACUGUUUUAAAUGUAUUAGCAACAUAUGUAUGUGUGUGUUGAAAUAUGGUCAGGAUUUGUGCUGCUAUUUAUGUCAAGUGGCAGUGAAUAAUAGUACUCAUUUUUUUCCAAGUGUAAUGAUGCUUUUUUAUAUUGAAGAGUUAGAAAUACAGAUUAUUAUGUCUUUGUUUAAAAGUAUUUGCACUAAUAUAGAUCAAUGUGCCUGCGUAUAGUCUAAUAAAACUAUGGAAAUCAUGGAAGAUGAUUUCCAGUCCCCAGAAAAGCAAGAAAGAAACUUUAAAAUAUCAGGGAAUAAAUUUGGCUAAAUGCUUGUAGACUGAAAAUAAAAAUUAGAAAACUGUGGGAAUUUUAAAGUUUAAAUAGUUUUGCACGAAACAGUUGUGCACCAGAAUUGUUUUCUUCACUGUAUAUGUUGACUGUACAUAUAUUCUUUGUAACAUCAUAUUGUACUGAUGUUAGCAAAAACUGGCACCAGAAAUGAUGGAAGUUACUUUAGUCCAAGUAUAGACUCUUUUAUAUACAUCUUCUGGUUGAUAGCAUUUAGUUUUAGAUUUAUCCAUAAGGCUGGCUGAUACUAGUUAUUACUAUUUGUAAUUUUGGUUUAUUGUUGAAUGAGUCAUAUAGUGUAACAGCAAUAUUUUAUUGUACAUUAUAGGGAGAGAAUUCCCACCUCCUGCAUGUUAUGUUUACAAACACAUUUGUAAUAUACAUGUAGUUGCAUGCACUGUAUGCUGAUUUCAGAUCUCUGUGGAUAAAUAAUGCUGUCUGAUCUCACAAUGUUAAAUGUGUUGCCAUUUUGUAAGGUGAAUUCUGUAUACGGGCUCGCCGAGAUCACUUCGCAAGAGGCUGAGCGUUGGUCUUGGCAGACAGCAAUCCACCUAUACACGUCCUUGGAAGAAUCACAUGCUUACUGAUAGACACAAAAAAACGCAUGAAAGUAUUUCUGGAAGAUACAUGCGUUUGUGUUACGGAUUACUUUUGUAAUCAAGAAUGCUUAAAUAGUAUCUCAAGGUUAAAAAAAUAAAUGGGCUGUUAUGCUUAUCAGUUUCAACUCUGUCCAUCUUUGGUUUAGCAUUAGUAUCACACAGAUCAUUUCAUUCCUCUUCUGAUCCUUCAAGCUUUUGCAUUCCUUGUAGUCACCUUAAUUUAAAAAAUAAGAACCGUUUGCUCUACACAAUGGUACUAUGCUAGUUGCCCCUCCAUAUUCGCAAAAAAACAGCCCCCAUGGCCCCGGCUUCUCGUGUCGGGGGUGAACACCCAGUCUUUCUCUGGCUGGGGGGCUAAGCCGGCCCACCCCUUUUUCUUAUGCAUUUCCUUUUUCUUCCUUAUCUGGCCCUUUCAUCUAUAUUCUUUUUCUAAUCAAACAUCGCCCUCUUUUACUUCAGUUUUAUCCUUCCUUUCUUCUGUCUACACAGGUCUUUCUUCUGUUUUCCUACCAUGCCUUUCUUUGGAUGUCAUUUUUUCUCUGCGUUUGCCGUGCAGGGCGACCCGUGUCAGUGGAGGAUGGGAUCCUGGAGGUUGAGGUCCCUGAUGGGCUGCAGCCCAUCAUACCAACACACCUCUUAAGCCUGGACUUCUCCUAGACGGGAGGUUGGUGUGGCCCACACCAACCAAGCGGCUGGUCAUGUAUUGCCUUAGUUUUGCUAGAAGGCUGCAGCCAGGGUCAAUCUGGUCUUCAUACUUGGAAGGCCAGAGUAUAUUCCUUAUGUAUCCCUGGUGCGGCCCUGCUAGAAAUGCACUAAGUGGUACCUCUCAGUCGCAUACCCCUGUCUACAAUCCUUCAAUGGAACUUUCGAGGGAUCCGAGCCUACUUUGAAGAACUUUGAUGCCUAGCAUCUCGUUUCUCUCUUGAUAUUAUAGAACUGCAGGAAGUCUCCUACCUUCCACCUCGUUUUCCUUCAAAGGCUAUCGAGUUUUACGUCAGGACUCACAGACUGAUGUCCUUUCAGGUGGGACUGCUCUUCUCAUUCGCUCCCACCUUUUGUUUAGCCAGAUACCCCUUUCCAAUCCUCUUCAAGCUCCUGGACAAGACUAUCACUAUUUGCUGUGUCUAUCUGCCUCCUUCUGCUCGGAUAUCCCGACAGGAACUUGAGAGUCUUUUGACCCAACGUCCUGCUCCCGUAUUUCUUUUGGGGGACUAACGGGCACCACCCCUUGUGGGGCGGGGCCUCAACUGACACCAGAGGAGAGUUGGGAUCAUUUUUUAUGGAAAGUGAUCUCUGCCUUUUGAACGACUGUUCUAACACCUUUUGCCGUCCUCACUAGCACAGUGUCAGCAGUCAAUUUAUCAGUGGUCAGCCCAGCACUGUUAUUAGAUUUUAACUGAUCUAUACAAGAAGACCUGUGCGGCAGAGAUCACUUUCCUAUCAUUUUACAAUUUUUAACUAGUCUGAAGCAGGACGAUAAUCUUUAUGUCGGCGGGUGGAAUCUGACUAAGGCAGAUUGGCCUGCCUAUCAGACCCUCUGUUCCACCCUCCUCCUCCUAAGUUCUAGUUUUAAUUUCGAAGUAAAAGACAUUGGCAAUGAUCCCAUGUUGCAUCCUGCUAAGCUGUUCACCUCAGUUUUAAAUGAAAUCGUCUCUGAGAUGAUUCCUACACGAAGGUAUCGUAAUAGCUGUCCAUGUGUGCCUUGGUUUACAAAGGAGUGUAGGGUGGAAGAAAGCCCAGCGCCUUCUGCCAACCCACUCCUGAAAAUGUGAUAUGCUUUAUUUUGGAAUAUUUUAUUUUUGCAGCAGAAAUGUUUAUCUUUUUUCUUCAUGCAAUAUUGCUGAAAUGGGUGUACAUAAAAUAUGGUCGGGUGGAAAAAAACAAACGACCAUGUUUCUUUAUUAAUAUACUUUUCUUGAUUUUCUUUUUAUCACAAAAUUUUUUUUAAAUUGAGAAGUGUUUAUUUUUCUG